GAACUACGGAAACAAGGAGCUCCUCCUGUAUUAGUAGAUCCGAGAAGCUGGUUCCGUGGACGGGACUAUUUCUCCCACAAUAUCUUUGGUAGUUCACGCUCAUUUCGGAUGAUUGUGCCAAGAAGAAGGGAUGAACAACCGGAUAUUUUUAAAGUAGACAUAGCGAAAAGGGAACCACAACCAGCUACGGUUGAGCAGACAAAUGGUGCUUCUCUAGGUCUAGGUCGUGUGCUGCCAGGUGUUGAAUCUUCAACUUCGAAGGAUGAAGAACAAGAAGAAAAAGCGCAGGCGGACGUAGAAGUUCGAGACGAGGGCGAGUCGUGUAAAGUAGUUUUUCCAACUGUGGACGACAGUAGAGAACAAGGAAAGACACCGUUGCGCGCCAUAUGCUCCGACUCUUCGUCUUCUCCCUGGUAUCAGGAAGAUAGCGCGUUAUACUUGGACGAUGACCGGAACAACUAUCACAUGCAUACAGGGGAAAUCGAACGACAAUUACAUCAACAACUUUUCAUGUUCGGACUCGGAGGAGGAGAAGCAACAGGAGGUACUACAGGUCCUGCUCCAAGACCUACUUUAGUAGAGGACUCAGCGAGUGCUGCUUUUUUGGGAGAUUUUAAGGAACGGUUUGCUAGGGCUCAUCGAGACUCGCAUGCAGAACUGCAGCGGCGAAAGCUUGAUGACGAUCAAGAAAGUGCUCGUCUGGCUGUAUUGGAGGACAUCCAGUUCCAAGAAUACAAAGACUUUAAUCCUGCAGCAUUUUUGACGCAGGUCAGACUUCUUCAAGAACAAGCUGCUGUUGGUAGUUCUGGUUUAUCCGCGUCCUCGCUAGACACCAGAGCACUACAACAAGAGCAUACCGGCUCUGCUCUAGCGCCACGAGAACAUCAGGCACGGAAAAAACACGUGGACGCAUACCUGCGAUUCGGCCAUACACCACAUGACGUCCCCGAAUCUCACUCCUUGCGAAUACCAGCCGGGGUCAACGUUUACUUAGGAAUGCGAAUACCAGCUUUUUCUUUUCGAUUCUUGUUCACUUUAUAAAUUUCGUGAAUUAUUAUAGGUAUAAUUCUGAUUUAAUAUUUGAUAAGUGCUUCCUGCAUGAUCUUAUUCAAGCCUCGGCUUCAUUUUAGAAGAGCAUGUUGGAUAGCGAUAGAAGUAAAGCGUAGAGAAUAAAACGAAGGAGGUGUAAUUAGUUGAUAGAGAAGAGUCCGAUAGUGGAAGAGUUUGUUUCAUAGAGAAUUUAAACGAACAGGAGGUGUAAGAACAAGGGUCGUUGAUGUUUGCGAGAACAAUACCUGGUUCAGUACUAGCCAGAAAUAAUAACUCUUCUUCUAAUUUUCGCCCCGUUCACCGGACUAGCACAAGGACUCAGCGGCUAUAUACUUGCCCACGUGCUCGCGAACUGGUCACGUCGGAAAGAGCUAUUUGUGGAAUGGAUGGACAAUAGAAGAAGUCCAAGAAACGUCUCAAGAAGAGCUUUCGAGGAGGAUGGAGAAGAUCAAGCAGAAGAAGUAGAAGGUCAACACGACCAUCAAUCGUUGGAGAUUCGGAGUUUAUCCAUGUGUCGUUGGGGCUACAUGGUUCAUUCCGAAGACUCGAAUUUCCAUUGCCAGGAUGAAAAUGGACCUCCCAUUGCGAUCCAUAAACCGGAUUGGGGACUUGCUAGCUACUUACUGGACUGGAUGGAUACAUAUCCUUGCCACGAAGCUGACCAGGGUGACUAAAAAGACUAAGACUAAAUGAACGAUUUGAUUGACUUCGACUGUAAUGAUCAUGGAAUGAGAAAUGACUGCAACAGAGGCAAGCACAUCACAAUGCGAUCAGGGA